UAAAUACGUGUCAAGUGUGCAUGUAUUUGACGAGAACUCUCCGAGCUCCUGAUUGGCCAACUUGGAAGCCAAAGAUGGCGAAGCUCUUUCGCUGUCGCGUUCACUGUGCUGAAACGUGGUAAGCGCUAUCAAAAUGCAGGCGCCUCCAAUUUUUAUGGAUUUGCCCCUCGAGGAUCAGGCUCAGGAGUUAAGAGUCUACUUUAAAAGCCUUGGCGCUGAGAUAAGCGAAGAAAAGUCACCUCGGGGUAUCGAGGAUGAUUUGCACAAGAUCAUUGGAGUAUGUGAUGCCUGUUUUAAAGAAGGAAAUGAAAUUGAAAUUGAAACGGUCCUUAAUGACAUUGUGUCAAUUCUGGUUGUGAUUCCUAUAGAUCGCACAGAAAAUUUAAUUCUAGCUUUUUGUGAAAAAUUAACGAAGGCACCUGGAUAUAAGCUUGGAUUCGUGUGCCUCAAAGCAUUAUGGCUGCUUUUCCAAUCGCUCGAUGAAGCAUCGUCAAUGAGAUAUCACGUUUACUAUCAUUUAGUUCAAAUUGCGCGGAAUGUAGAUCAAGUGAAGGCAGUAUAUAGUGGAGUUGACCAAUUAAAGCAACAGUUCGCACCUCAUCCACCAUCCAAUGAGCAGAUGCAAAAAUUAUUACGUUUAUUGCAUGAGAUACUCCUGAGUUGUAAACAAGGGGAACAAGCAGCAGCAGUUAUGGUAGAACUAUUGGGAACCUACACUGCAGAAAAUGCUUCGGCAGCAAGAGAAGAUGCACAACGUUGUAUUAUUGCAGCUCUAGCGGAUCCUAAUACUUUUCUGCUUGAUCCGUUACUUGCUUUGAAACCCGUAAGAUUCUUAGAAGGAGAACUGAUACAUGAUCUCCUUUUAAUAUUCGUAAAAGACAAGUUGCCUGCAUAUUUAACAUUCUACAAGAAUUAUAAAGAUUUCGUCGAGCAUACUGUGGGUCUCAGCCAUGAGCAGAACAUGAAGAAAAUGCGGUUACUGACCUUCAUGCAACUAGCGGAAACAAAUCCGGAAAUGUCUUUUGACACGAUCAAAACUGAACUACAGAUCGAAGAAGAUGAAGUGGAAAGUUUCAUUAUCGAUGUCCUAAAAACAAAGCUUGUACGGGCCAGGAUGGACCAAGGGGGACGAAAAGUUCUUAUUUCCAGUACGAUGCACAGGACAUUCAGUCGACCACAAUGGAUGCAACUGCGAGACUUGUUGGCUGCGUGGAAGUCUAACUUGUCCGGAAUUAACGAGGGCAUGAAGUCAGUAGCCGCUGUGCAAAUGGAUCUUGCAACUAAGAAUAAAGCUGUGGUGAAUCACUGAUAGUGACGAAAUGUUAAGCCUGUACUUCGGAGAAAUCCUAUGGGAUAACAAAUUUUCGAAAUUUCCUGCAGACGGUAAUAAUUCGCACUUUACAUUUUCCCUGUAGUAAAGUCAAGGCAAAUAUUUGCCUUUGAUAUAUUAUUAUGCAAUAUAUACAAGAAAUCCCCUGAAGUGCACCGUAGAAUUUAUUCCGAAGUACAGCUGAUCAGAACAACUUAUGUGCAGAGGAGGAAACAGAAGAAACGGUAUCGAGAAAUGACACCAUACAUUCUCAGUGUCAAAAAUAAUAUCUCGAGCGAAACACAGAUACCGUAAAAUCACGGACAACUUUGAGAUUUGUCUCUGUGAGACAGGUCUAUUUACUACGAACGCACUAUCCACUCUGUAACGAGACUCGAUAUGUUACACAUUACUGGAUCGAUUUGUACAAUAAUGUUCAGUAAUUCAGUAACCCUAAUACAUCAGUGACUAAAUAAUAUUACCGAUGGAAUACAAAAAAAAAAGUUGAUCCAUCGAAAGAUAUACUCGACUUGUGAAAAAAUUCAGUUUUGUACAGACCCCCAAGCGUUCCCAUAAUAACAGCGAUUGUUGGGGCAAGCAAAUAAAGUUUACAUUGUAAUGUCA